AUGCCAGAAGCCUCAGAAGACCACAAUCAUUGGAAGGCCUGUUGACUUCCGUUUUCUGGUAAUCUGGAACAUCAUCCAUCUGGCAUGGCGCAGGGCAGCCAGCAGCUUGACGUGCAGGUACUCCAUGAUCUCCGGCAGCGUUUCCCUGAGAUACCUGAAGGGGUGGUAUCUCAGUGCAUGCUUCAGAACAACAACAACCUCGAUGCCUGUUGUCGAGCCCUGGCACAGGAGAGCAGCAAGUAUUUGUAUAUGGAGUACCACAGCCCUGAUGACAGCAGAAUGAAUAGAAAUAGCCUUUUGCACAUUAAUCUGGGUAUUCAUCCUCACAGCAGCUAUCAUGCGGGGGAUGGAGCUCAGCUGAAUGGUGGUCGUACACUGGUACACAGCUCGAGCGAUGGACACAUUGACCCGCAGCGCACGGCAGGUAAACAGCUGAUAUGCUUAGUUCAAGAACCACAUUCUGCUCCUGCCGUGGUGGCAGCUUCUCCUAGUUACAAUCCAUUUUUCAUGAAUGACCAGAAUAGAAAUGCAGCUACUCCUCCUCCACAGCCACCUCCACAGCCAUCUUCCAUACAACCAGGAAUGAACACGUCUGCUAUGCAAGGCCCUCCCACGUAUAUGCACAUACCUCGGUACAGUACAAAUCCCAUUACUGUUACAGUAUCACAAAACCUCCCCUCUGGACAGAGUGUACCCAGAGCUCUACAAAUUCUUCCACAGAUUCCAAGCAAUCUUUAUGGGACUCCUGGCUCUAUUUAUAUUAGACAAACAUCUCAAAGUUCUUCAGGACGACAGACUCCUCAGAAUACACAGUGGCAUUCAUCGCCACAGGGCCCAGUUCCACAUUAUACUCCUCGUCCUCUACCUGUAUACCCACAUCAACAGAACUACCAACCUUCUCAGUAUUCUCCAAAACAACCCCAGAUCCCUCAGUCGGCUUUUCGAUCACCACCGGCAUCCCAGUGUCCCUCUCCCUUCGGCUCUCCUCAACACCAAGUUCAACCUCCUCAGUUGAGUCACCAGAGUUCACAUGUUUUCAUGCCUCCUAGUCCUUCCACUGUUCCACCCCAUCCAUAUCAGCAAGCAUCCCAGACUUUUCAAAAGCAAGGUGGUCACUCUGUAUCGUACCUUCCUCCUUUUGCUGGACCUAGUUUAUCCAAAGGUUCCAUGAAUAAAAUAGAAAUUACAGUUGAGCCACCACAAAGACCUGGGACUGCAAUGAACAGAAGCCCUUCGCCAAUAAGUAAUCAACCAUCUCAACGAAACCAGCACCCGCUGUAUGCACCCACUACUCCUCCUUCGAGCUCUCCAUCCAGAGGUAUGUCGGGACAGCCCAAACCUCCAUUUAGUGUUAAUCCAGUAUAUAUUACCUACACUCAGCCAACUGGACCUGCAGGUGCACCAACACAGUCUCCUCGGGUAAUGGUAUCUUCUCAGCCAAACCCAACCAUUUUUAAAAUCACAGUAGGUCGAGCACCGACUGAGAAUCUUUUAAAUUUAGUGGACCAAGAAGAGCGUUCUGCAGCACCAGAACCUAUUCAGCCUAUUUCUGUAAUCCCAGGAUCUGGAGGAGAAAAAGGAAGCCAUAAGUAUCAGAGAAGUUCUAGUUCUGGAUCAGACGACUAUGCUUACACUCAAGCCUUGCUGUUACAUCAACGAGCAAGGAUGGAGAGAUUAGCAAAGGAACUGAAGCUUGAGAAAGAAGAGCUUGAACGUCUGAAGACUGAAGUCAACGGUAUGGAGCAUGAUCUGAUGCAGAGGCGGCUUCGAAGAGUCAGCUGUACAACUGCAAUUCCAACACCUGAGGAAAUGACCAGAUUGAGAAGCCUCAACAGACAACUCCAGAUAAAUGUUGACUGUACACUGAAAGAAGUUGAUCUCCUUCAAUCUAGAGGAAACUUUGAUCCGAAAGCCACAUGUAACUUCUAUGAUAACAUAGAGCCUGGUCCUGUUGUGCCACCAAAGCCAUAUAAAAAAGAGCAUCAAAACAGCUCCAAACAGACUCCACGGACUCAGCCAAGAGAUGAAGACUUUGAAGGGGCCCCAUGGAAUUGUGGUAGCUGCACCUUUCUAAAUCACCCAGCACUAAAUCGCUGUGAGCAGUGUGAAAUGCCACGAUACACCUGAAAUUCAGGAAGGGGCUGCACUGGGUUGAACACAGGCUCUCAAGCCAACAGCUGUAAGAGAAGGAAACAUGGGGAACCUUUCAGUCCAUCUGCCCAGCCUUUGCCAGUCAACAAUCUUGAUAUUGCAAGGGGUGGGAGUAAUGUGUUAGGAUGUUUCUGCUUCUGCUUCACUAGAAAAUAAAUAAAUUAAGGGCGAAAUUCCUUCCCAUUGCAGUGAGCAAAGCAGAAAACAAAACCUGAAAACGUAAAAGGAUUCAUUUUGAGAAGAAUGUAUGCAGGAAAGCAAAUAACUACUGGUGUUUAUUCCUGUGGUUAUAGUUACUGCUUAGUGGCUCUAAAAAAACCCAACCCAAAACUACUGUUUUUAAAAAGAAAACUAUAGGACUUUUAGUAAUGGUGUGAAGUGUUAUACUUAACCA